UCCGGCCUUUCGGGUUUUCGCUUUCAAGCAAUACGAUUCAUUCAUUUCGAUCAAUGGUUGCAAGAAGGCCACGACCUGCUCCCGACAAACAUCCUAGCCUGCUGAACUCACCCGAAGCUUCUCCUACCGAAGGACAGGAUCGUAGGAUUGAGAUUUGAGAGCAACCCAAUUAGCUAAAUCUAAAUGAAUUUCAUAGCACGAGCAAUCUUCAUUGAUUAAUUCACCAAAGAUUCGUAAAUCUAGAACAAAGUAUUUCGAGCUUCAGUUGCUGUUCUCAUCCAUUUCUGCUUCCCCAGAAAAGCUAUCAUAAGCAGAAAUAUUUUGCUUUUCCUGCUGCGAGUAAGAUUUUUUUGAGUUGGGUUUUUGUUUUAUCGUUGCUUUUCAAUUUCAUAGAAAGAAAUAUGCAAACUUUAAGUGCUUGGUCCUCAAAUGGCAGCUACUGUUUAGUUCCUCCUUUGAGCGUUGAGGUAGAUUAUUAUUUCUAUAUCUGUGCGACAAUUAGAAGGAACAAGAAGUUGGGUCCUGUUUUUGCUGUUUCUCGGAGUAGAAUUAUAGGUGAUUUUGACUCUUCGAGAAAUUCCAGAGUUAAUAGAAGUGAUGCUUGCAGUGGAAUCCGGAAUUCCAGAGUAAAAUUUAAGUUCGCUCCCCUUUUCAAAACGAAGAAGAAUGAUAUUGGAUUCUUAGCUCCCUUGGCAUGGGCAUUGGAGGACCAAGCUGUUGGGGAGAAUACUGAUUCCAUGAACGAUUCAUCACUUGACAAUGACAGAGAUGGUUUAAACUGUUUAAAUUUGGAUGAAGUUCAAUACAGUAAUCAUGAGCAACAAAUGCGAGAAGAGAAUGACACUAAGAUUGAUGUUCGAGCACUUGCAUUCAGCUUGCAGUCUGCUAAGACCGUAGACGAAAUGGAGGCAAUUCUUACGGACAAGGGGGAAUUGCCACCUCAGGUGUAUUCAACCAUCAUAAGAGGUUUUGGUAAGGAGAAGAAAAUGGAUUCUGCAUUAAUUCUUAUGAAUUUUUUGAAGAGGAAAAAGACUGAAACCGAUGGUUCUUUCAGCUCAAAUCUUUUCAUAUAUAAUAGUCUGUUGGGUGCAGUCAAACAGUCUCAACAAUUUGCAGAAAUGGAAACGAUCAUGAAUGAAAUGGAUCAAGCAGGAAUCACUCCUAAUGUUGUGACAUAUAAUACUUUGAUGGCUAUCUACAUAGAAAAAGGAGAAGCCAGCAAGGCCCUCAGUGUUUUUGAGGAAAUCCAUAAUAAGGGCCUCACUCCAUCUGCAGUAUCCUAUUCUCAAGCCUUGCUGGCUUAUAGAAGAAUGGAAGAUGGACAUGGAGCUUUAAAUUUCUUCGUUAAAUUUGGAGAAAAAUACCGUCUAGGUGAAAUAGGAAAAGAUGAUGAUGGGGAAGAUUGGGAGACUGAGAACAUCAAGCUCGAAAAGUUCACAAUCCGUGUUUGCUAUCAGGUAAUGCGCCGUUGGCUUGUCAACAAUGAUAACUUGAGCAAUAGAGUUUUACAGCUGCUGGAUGAUAUGGAUAAAGCGGGGAUUCCACCAGGCCGAUCAGAACUUGAGAAGCUUGUAUGGGCCUGUACCCGUGAAGACCAUUACACGGUAGCAAAAGAGCUGUACAGCAGGAUAAGAACUAGGCAUAACGAAAUCAGCUUGUCUGCCUGCAACCAUGCAAUUUGGUUGAUGGGGAAGGCCAAGAAGUGGUGGGCAGCUUUGGAGAUAUAUGAGGAUUUAUUGGACAAAGGGCCAAAGCCUAAUAACUUGUCAUAUGAGUUAAUAAUGUCACACUUCAAUGUUCUUCUAAGUGCAGCUAAGAAAAGGGGGAUUUGGAGAUGGGGUGUCAGGUUGCUAAACAAGAUGGAAGAUAAAGGUCUGAAACCUGGAAGCAAGGAAUGGAACGCGGUUCUUGUGGCCUGUUCUAAGGCUUCAGAAACUACUGCAGCUGUGCAAAUAUUUAAGAGAAUGGUGGAAAAUGGUGAAAAACCUACUAUCAUUUCCUAUGGGGCAUUACUCAGCGCUCUGGAAAAGGGAAAGCUCUACGAUGAGGCCAUUCGAGUGUGGGAUCAUAUGAUCAAAGUUGGGGUUGAGCCAAAUGCAUAUGCCUACACAAUUAUGGCUUCAAUUCAUACUGCCCUGGGAAAUUUUAACAGAGUUGGUGACAUCAUUUCCGAGAUGGUAGCAUUGGGAAUUGAGCUCACGGUAGUCACAUACAACGCAAUAAUCAGUGGCUGUGCACGGAAUGGCAUGGGCAGUGCAGCCUAUGAAUGGUUUCACAGGAUGAAAGUUCAGAAGAUCACUCCCAAUGAGAUAACUUAUGCAAUGCUAAUUGAGGCUCUUGCUAAGGAUGGGAAGCCAAAGUUGGCAUUUGAGUUGUACAUGAGAGCACAAAAUGAGGGCCUUCAUCUAUCUUCGAAACCUUAUGAUGCUGUGUUGGAGUCUUCACAGGCUUAUGGAGCUACCAUUGACUUGAGUCUAUUAGGACCACGUCCUCCAGAAAAGAAGAAGAAGGUGCAAAUUAGAAAGACACUGACUGAAUUCUAUAACUUGGCAGAUGUUCCCAAGAAAAGCAAACCAUUUGAUAGGAGUGAAAUAUAUCACUCUCAGACAGAAGGGAGUGAAUCAGUCAUUUAGUACUGUGAUAUUUUAUCAUUGUCAAUUGUUGUUUUGUAAGUUUGUAUAUUUUGCUCUGAACCCAGCUUGAGCUCUUUGUAUUCUCAGAUCAAGAAAGAAGAAAAGAAGUGCAGUUUAUUCUGCCUUUCCUCUUUGUUAAGUAAAUAA